AUGGAACAGCUUAGGACAUUUCUAAUCGACCACACCAUGGCAUCAUCUUCUCCAUCUUCCACCGUGAUCCAGAUGCCUCCAAGUCCACACACCAACGGCGGGACAGCCGGCCUUGCCCCGGCCACGCCUAAGGACGCCGGCGACAUCCCGACCACCGCAUCCGCAACAGCUGCCGGGCCAGCAGCCAGCGCGACGGACAAGGUCAUGUCGAGCGCCGCGAACCUGGCGCAGCUGCUGCCGACGGGCACGGUGCUGGCGUACCAGGCGCUGUCCCCGUCCUUCACCAACCACGGCAAGUGCUUCUCCUCCAACCAGUGGCUCACCGCGGCGCUGGUCCUCGUCCUCACCAUCUCAUGCGUCCUCUUCUCCUUCACCGACAGCGUCCUCGGCCGCGACCAGAAGCUCUACUAUGGCAUCGCCACGCCACGUGGUUUCAACGUCUUCAACUUCUCGGACGAAGAGGAGAAGCUGCAGUGGACUCCCGCUGAGUUCCGGAGGCUUCGCAUCCGGCCGCUGGACUUCAUGCGCGCCGUCUUCACGGCCCUGGUGUUCCUCACCGUGGCUCUCAGCGACGUGGGGCUGCAGAACUGCUUCUUCCCCAACGCUGGCAUGAACACCCAGGAGCUUCUCAAGAACCUGCCAUUGGGCAUCGCGUUUCUGUCCAGUUUUGUGUUCAUGAUCUUCCCCACAAAAAGGAAGGGCAUCGGCUACAGCGACACUACUCCUCGCCAAAAGCUCACUUGA